GACAGAUUGUGUCUACAUCAGGAGAGAAGCUCCAGGCUAAAGGUAAGAAAAACGUCACCAACAAACCAUCCUAAAAUAAUUAUGUGGGGACAUUUACGAACCGCAAGUAAAGAAACGCACGGUGUCAAUAAUCCUUGUCACAGCUUCCCAUGCAGUUCUUUAAACUCGGGAAGCUUACUGGUAUGUGUAAGCUAACUUUAACUGUGGGUAAAAUUUGAAUUUCGAAAGCAGUUUUUUUCUUUUCUUCUGACGUAUAACGCAAACAUGCUGGAGUCAAAUUUGCAUUCAAGAAUUGAUGAAGACAGAAAUCGAAAGUUAAAUGGUCUGAAAUGGAAAGACUUGGGAAAUAUUUCUUGCUAAGUGUUAUUUCUCGCUGAUGUUAUUUUAAAACUUAAUUUGUUUUCUUUGCUGCAUAAAAAAAGAACGUGAUUUCCUUGCACAAUUUAAUGAUGCAACAACUAUUAGGAUACAAGCGGAAAAUGUCUUCGUAGUGUCUGCGGAAAAAUAUCCGUGCAUAUUUUCGCACCAAACGGGGGCUAGUGUUUAUACAGCUAUCUGACACGCGUGACAAUAGUUUCUUCAGCAAAUAAGUUUUUUUACGUGUUCUCUUGUUUGACGUAGCCUUAGUGGCGGAUUUAUAAAUGCCCACAAGAGAGUUUGCGCGAAUUACACGAGGAAUUUAAUUCCACAACGUGAUCUAAGGCAACAAACUGACUUUUUGAUACGCUGUAGCUAUAUGGCCUGUAACCUGAGCCCAGCGUAAACCAAACACUAGCCUUGAGAUCUAUAAAGCAUUUCAAGAUCGCUUGACGUUCCUAAAUCGACAAAUGAUAGUUUAGAUUAGCUGGAAUUUUUCGAUUUUGUGAAAUUUACUGAGAAUAUAGGACUGCCGGCCAUUUAGUGUUUUGGGUUAGGGUUUUCAACACCUUGACCGGCAGUCGAGCUGCAAAAAGUUCUAAGUGACACAAAACAUGGUGUCAUCUUGCGAGCCCAGCGUAAACCAAACACUAGACUUGAGAUCUCUGAAGCAUUUCAAGAUCGCUUGACUUUUCUAUAUGGACAUAUGAUAGUUUAGACUAGCUGGAUUUUUUUAGUUUUGUGAAAUUUAGUGAGAAUAUAAGACUGCCGGCCAUUUAGUGUUUUGGGAGGGCUGCAUGGGUGGGGAAGGAGCGCCAAGAAAGCCAGUCUCACAGCUUAGUCUUCAUGCAAGCUGCAGUCAUUGCAUAUGAUAUUUGUACAGCUGUACGGCAUUCAAACUAAUCUGAAAAAAGAAAUACAUUUGAGAGCAGUAUAAUUUACCUACAAUAUAGUUGCUUGCUUCAUAUGCAUGUAUUUGUAUCAUCAUACUGAACUCAACAUUUACUUCAAUAACCAACAUGUACCUGUUGAUACAUCACAUAAUUUUAACACUGGAGUCUAAUAUUUAAACAUCUAAAAAUGUCAAUAUGUAUUUUAAAGCCAGAUGGAGGAUUUUCACCAGUUUAUUAACCCUUAAACCCCUAAGAGUGACUGGCUUCUAAUUUCUCCUAACAGUAUCACCCUCGAAUUAAGUGUAAGGGUUGUGAGAAUAAUAGAAGUAAUAACCAGUUUAUAAAUCCCCCUGUUGUCAAACAAAUUCUCCUUGUUAUUACCUCAGGAAAUGUAGAGAGAUCAGUGUGGAGAAUAUGAACACUAAUGUUAGGGUGUAAAGGGUUAAGGGUUCUUCUGUUUUAAUAUUACACCUGCUGCUGCGCAGUGAAAGUCUUUUUGUUUCUGUAGUGUUAUCUGUUGAUAGAACACAAGCUUCUAAGUCUUAAUUUGCAUGUUGUUGUUUAUACCACAUAUUUGUGUGGCAUUCAAUAUCACCACUUUUCUUUAUCUAAUGUUAAGUAACUUAGUCUAUUGAUAUAUGUGUAUGUAACAACAAGAAUAAGCAUUUCCAUUAUUGAACAAGUAAUAGGCCCCCUCCCACUUUUCUUAUCCUUGUUUGUAAACACCUCGGGGUGUAAGCCCCCUCCAUUUUUUCUUUUUCAUAUUUCUAUAUAUCCCUUGGUGUAGUCCCCCUGCCGCUUUUGUUUUUCUUGUUUGUGUACGUCCUUGAAGUAAGCCCCACCCAGUUUUCUUUUUUGUGUUUGUAUACGUCCCUGGGUGUAAGCCACCCUGCAGCUUUACUUUUGCUUGUUUUUAUCAGUCCCUCAGUGUAAGCCCCCUCCAGCUUUUAUUUUUGUUGUUUUUAUAGGUCCCCCAGUGUGAAUCCCCUUCCAGCUUUUCUUUUUCUUGUUUUUAUAGGUCCCCCUGUGUAAGCCACCUCCAGCUUUUCUUUUUCUUGUUUUUCCUAGUUUCCCCAGUGUGAGUCCCCCUCCAGCUUUUCUUUUUCUUGUUUUUAUAGGUCCCCCUGUGUAAGCCCCCUCCAUCUUUUCUUUUUCUUAUUUUUCUAGGUCCCCCAGUGUGAGUCCCCCUCCAGCUUGUCUUUUUCUUGUUUUUAUAGGUCCCCUUGUGUAAGCCCCCUCCAGGUUUUCUUUUUCUUGUUUUUCUAGUUCCCCAGUGUGAGUCCCCCCCUCCUUUUUUUUUUCUUGUUUUUAUAGGUCCCCCAGUGUGAGUCCCCCUCCAGGUUUUCUUUUUCUUGUUUUUCUAGGUCCCCCAGUGUGAGUCCCCCUCCAGCUUUUCUUUUUCUUGUUUUUCUACGUCCCCAGUGUGAGUCCCCUCCAGCUUUUUUUUUUUCUUGUUUUUAUAGGUCCCCAGUGUAAGCCCCCUCCAGCUUUCUUUUUUUUGUUUUUCUAGGUCCCCAGUGUGAGUCUCCCCUCCAGCUUUUCUUUUUCUUGUUUUAUAGGUCCCUCCAGUGUGAGUCCCCCCACCUUUUUUUUUUUCUUGUUUUUAUAGGUCCCCAGUGUGAGUCCCCUCCAGCUUUUCUUUUUCUUGUUUUUAUAGGUCCCUCCAGUGUGAGUCCCCCCCCAGCUUGUCUUUUUUUUCUUGUUUUAUAGGUCCCCAGAGUGAGUCCCCCUCCAGCUUUUCUUUUUCUUGUUUUAUAGGUCCCCAGUGUGAGUCUCCCUUCAGCUUUUCUUUUUCUUGUUUUUAUAGGUCCCCUGUGUAAGCCCCCUCCAGCUUUUCUUUUUCUUGUUUUUAUAGGUCCUCCAGUGUGAGUCCCCUUCCAGCUUUUCUUUUUCUUGUGUUUCUAGGUCCCCCAGUGUGAGUCCCCCUCCAGCUUUUCUUUUUCUUGUUUUUAUAGGUCCUCAAGUGUAAGCCCCCUCCAGCUUUUCUUUUUCUUGUUUUUCUAGGUCCCCCAGUGUGAGUCCCCCUCCAGCUUUUCUUUUUCUUGUUUUUCUAGGUCCCCCAGUGUGUCCCCCUCCAGCUUUUCUUUUUCUUGUUUUUAUGGGUCCCCCAGUGCGAGUCCCCCUCCAGCUUUUCUUUUUCUUGUUUUUCUAGGUUCACCAGUGUGAGUCCCACUCCAGCUUUUAUUUUCUUGUUUCUAUAGGUCCUCAAGUGUGAGUCCCUGUCCGGUUUUUUUUUUUCUUGUUUCUAUAGGUCCCCUUGUCUAAGCCCCCUCCAGCUUUUCUUUUUCUUGUUUUUCUAGGUCCCCAGUGUGAGUAUCCCUCCAGCUUUUCUUUUUCUUGUUUUUCUAGGUCCCCAGUGUGUCCCCCUCCAGCUUUUCUUUUUCUUGUUUUUAUGGGUCCCCCAGUGCGAGUCCCCCUCCAGCUUUUCUUUUUCUUGUUUUUCUAGGUUCCCCAGUGUGAGUCCCCCUCCAACUUUUCUUUUUCUUGUUUGUAUAGGUCCCCCUGUGUAAGCCCCCUCCAGCUUUUCUUUUUCUUGUUUGUAUUCAUUCCCAGGUGCAAGCCUCCCUCUAGCCAUUUGUUUCCUUGUUUGUAUACGUCUCCUGGUAUAAGCCCUCCUCCAGCUUUCUUUUUCUUGUUUGUAUAAGUUCCCCAGUUUAAUCCCCCACCUGCAUUUUUUUUCCUUGUUUUUAUACAUCCCCCAGUGUAAACAUUCUUCAGCUUUUUCUUUUUCAUGUUUGCCUAAGUGUAAGCUCUUCUCUAGGGUUUCUUGUUUUAAUUCUACCAACAAGAGAGUACAAAUGAACUUAAAGCGAAAAGUUCCUACUUCUGUCUGGUUAUGCUCCAGUUUUGAUUGUGUCGUGUUAGUUUUAAUUCUGUUUCAAAUGCAUUGAAAUUAAUUCCAUCUAUUACGACGUUUUUGUAGCUUAAAUCAAAAUCAGUAAAUGCAAAACAAGGGCCUCGAUAAUUGCCACUUUAUGGGGGCAGUGGGGGACGGUUAGGUUACGGUAUGAGAAAUUUGGAAAUACUGUGCUAAGUUAUUUUUGUAUUGAUGACAUUUGUAAUAAUAGACAGGUAACCUAAGUAUGACUUUAACCAUAUCUAUUUCUAGUAUGAGAGUAUGAAAUACUAGCUGGAAUAAAUCCUAUUGUCAAAAUAAAAGAAAGUAUUAAUUUCAGAUAGCAGUGACUUAAAAGCUCUAUCCAUGAUCAUGCAGCACUUGUAUCCUCUAUGAAAGCUUUAUUCUGUCCUAAAUCAGUGAAGCGUUCACUGUAAUUUAGAGGAUAAUUUCCCUCUAGCAUUGUGAUCAUCGAUGGAAAUUCCGUUGGCUUUCAAUAUGAAUGUCUUGUUGAAUGUGAUGACAUGUAUAUAAGGUGUAACUAAUUUCUCAUUUUUAUGAUUUGUACCACAUCAUUAGGAAUGUCUAUUCCUCUGAUCCUGUGAUAUAUCAAAGAGCGUGAGUUUAAAGGGAAACAUUGUUGUCCCGUAUUUUGCUCAAAAUAUUUGUUAAAUAACCUUGACUAAAUGGUGCAUUUAUCGUAAGGUUGAGUGGCAUAAUAUAUCGGACGCCCACGACUUGUUUCUGUCAUUACAAAGUUUGAACGUACAGAUGAUUGCAUUGGGUCCUCAAAUAUAUUGUAGCUAGGUAAAUAAGCAGCCAGGAUUUAGGCGAGAUCCCAACAAUCCUAUCUGGGAUCCCAGGUGGAGAUAGCGGGAUCUUGCCAAUGCAGGUGGGAUCCCACCUUUCCCGCCUGGGACUUACAGAUAAUCCUGACUGGGAUCCUGCCUUGCAGUCAGCAAUCCAGGUGGAAGUAGCGGCAUCCCAUCUGUCACACCUUGGUCUCAAGGUCAUUCCACCUGGGAUACCAGGCAUUCCAGGUGGGAAAAAUGGGAUCCUAUCUGGGACUUACAACAAGUUUCUCUCUAAAGCUUUUUGCUGUUGAACGUCUAAUUAAAAUUAGUAACUUUUAAACCACAGUUUGGAGUGCGACGAUCAUAUAAGCGAACAGUGCAUUUUGGCCAAUGCUGUACCAAUUCAAACCUUGGUUAUACCUGUACUCCUAGACUUUCUUAGCAAUUACCGUACUUUCAAAAAUAACCAUUUAUUUAAGUUUUCUUUAAAAAAAAAGAAGAAGGAAUUGGCUCUAAGUGUUAUGGUUGAGACUUGGAGCAUAUUAUGGUUUGACAAAUGGCAUUAAUUUAGCUAUUAUUACGAUCAUCAUUGCGUACAAAACAAUUGGAUUCAAACUUGAAAUCUUUUGAUGAGAGCAAGUUGUUGAACUUUAAAAGGAAAUUGGAAUAUUUAAGACCACAAUUCGAAGUGCGAUCAUAUGAGCCAAAAGCACAUCUUAGCCAAUAAGUGCACCAACUUUGAACUGUUCUCCAAUGCAUGUUUCACAAUAGUUUCAAAAGUAACCAUUCAUUUCAAAAUUUUCAACGCGAAUUCUAUGCUCAGUAUGCUGCAUACAGGUCUCGCAAACCGUUGAACUUUCAGAACUGUCCAUGUGGUGUGUUACUUGGGAUUUUCUAUAGGAUGCUUAGUAUUCCUGGCUGGGAUCCAUCAUACCACUUGUAGACAGUAGACAAGAUCCAAGGUAGAAGGGGCAGGAUACGUAUAUUUUAUUCGCCAACCGGGGGUUCCGUAUUGGGAAAAACUGUGCCCGAGGUCUCGACUAAUGCUCGAGGCUGUAGGCCGAGGACAGUACUCAAGACAGAGUGCACAGUUUUUCCCAAUUCGAAUCGACCUAGCUUUUUUUUUUCUAACACUGCACGAAAUUCCUGCCAAAAUAACCUGAAUGAUUUGGAGCUGUAAUUACGGCAAGAUCCUCCGUAAACUGAACAAUUUUUGAGCGAGUAAAUGGUUGUUAAAACAGAGAUAAUGCAGAUUAAAGAGAGACCUCACCGCGAAAUAUUUUUAUUUACGUGGCGAAAAAGGUGAUUUAAAAGGCUUCCAAACAAACUUUAAAACAUUAUUUUUACAAGUAUCUGUCACAAUCUGACACCUGUAAUUUGGAGAGCACGUAAGAAAAAUAAGCGUUUGUACACUUUUGAAAGAAAAAACAAGGGUACGGGUUUGGUAAACAAACUCAAGUUCAAUGACUGUCAAGACAACUUUUUCUUCAAACCACCUGAUGAUCUAACGGAAAUUAUUAUUCACUUCCAUCGAUGAUUAGCGUACGAUGAAUAUCUCUGUAAAUUGCAAAGAAAGUAAUUGUAAGUAAAUCCAAAUGUAAGUUUUGAAGUUGUGGGAGUUUGCUCGUUCGUUUGCUGGAAUGACGCAUGUAAAUCCGGUCGUUUUCCACUGAAUAAAUUAAGUCAAACGAGACACUUUAACUAGAACCAAGGGGAAGUUAAUGCGGAUUUUUCUCGUUUAAUUCAUUUGGUUUUCGCGGUGUAAUUUACGGUGCGUAUUUGUAGUAGGACUUUAAACUUCACCAGCGACAACGAAAAAAUUGUUAGAGAGAAUUCAGAUAUCAAAUAAAUUAAAGUUUCGUGCCCUCUGAGAAAAAAAAAAUACCACCUGGGAUUGUAAGGGGGCUAAGUUAGGAUCUCGCAUUGGAUUGGUUUUUCGGAUUUUAUGUGCAUGAAGCGGGAUGCCUGGAAUUGUAGCUGGCACUGACGGCAUCCCACAUAAAAAUUAGGGCAGGAUCCCACCCAGAAUUAUAGGUGGGAUUUACAGGAUCUCACCCGAAAAUUUCGGUGGGAUACCAUGUGGGAAGUUCCAAAAUCCCGCUCAGGAUCCCAGAUUGGAUUGGUGGGAUCCAACUUAGGAUUGGUGGGUCUUGGCCUCCUGGUUUUACUUGGGGCGCAAAGGACAAAAUGUUUUCAGACAGUUUACUGUUAACUGCAUCUGUGGUAUCGAUGUUCAUUUUUCUCUUUUAUGACUCUAUCAACAAAGAAAUAUGAUGGCCCUACUUCAGUUACUACGACUAAAAGCUAGCAGUCUCACAUUGAGAAUUGAAUUUUAAAACGAAGACUUUGAAUAUACUGCCGCGUAUGGUCCAUCAAGUAAUUUUUCUGGUGUGCGACUGACUUAAAGGCAUCACUUGAUCGCAAUGCCUGAGCUAAAGCUGGAGCAUAUCCCAGGAUACCCCAACCGAUAUUCCCCAAUUUUCCCAACCCUACGCGUACUAUGAAAAAUGCGUUCGUUUGAAAUUUAAUUCCAGGUGAGGGAGUGAUUAGCUAUUGUCAAGAAAAAGGGACAUGUUUGUUUGCUCAUGAAGUCAUAUCAGACACUGAAUAGUAAAUAUCCCGUUUGCAACUAAUAUAUGAUCAUUCGUAAUCAUUUUUUCAAUUUGUCGCUAAAAUAUGCUCGUAUAUUUGUCCUUUGACGUUACCAUUUCCCCAAAGGUAACAGUUUCCCUCAAGCUUUGAUCUCGGAAACCUGUUCUCAUUUCAGAACAAAUAAUGUUCGCGGACGAAUAUCUGUGCAUAUUUUCAUGCUAAAUGGAGGCGAUUGUUUCUGUUUUCCCCUUGUUUUUAGCUGAACAAUUUUAAUCACAUGAUGAUUUGAGACCAAUCAAGUGUGAACAAAUCUAUUUCGUGCGUAAUAACGAACAAUAGUUGGCAGAACAGCUAGGUAAGCUGUUGCACACACCCCAAAAAAAAAAAAAAAAAAAAAAAAAAAAAGAAAAAGAGAAAAAAAGGUAAAAUGAAAUGCAAUAGAGUUAAAAAAUGACUCCUAAGGUUUGGUGCAGAAGUUAUGUAAGUGGCUCAAUUUUUUUAAAUUACAAUUCUCUCCAAAGCAAUGGCAAUUGUCUGUGAAUACUGAUGUAUUCACAAAAAUUUCAGAUAAGUUUUAAAUGUCUCUUCCUAAGUCAGGUUUAACUUAUGCAAGUCAUCAAGUCAUGUGGUGCAUUUGUAUUAAUAAUUAUUUCUAUUAUGCUUCUUGUUAGGUACUGAUACUUUAUGAAAUGGUGUUUGAUAGCUGGAAACCGGUUAUCAAGUUUCAAACUGCUCUUGGAGGAGUUUCGUUUAUUUUGUCUGUUGGAUGGCUGAGUUACAUUCUUGACACUUUACGAAAGUAUCAUGACCGAGAUAGAUUGAACUUCAACUGCGAUCCCAAACCCAGUGAUUUUAUCAAACAACGUUGCUAUGACAGCUACAUUUCUACAGUUACCGAGCCGUAUGGGUUAAUACCUCAGUAUUUUGUUGCCAUAACACUCGGUGUUUUGUGUUUAUGCGGGGUCAGCUUUGCAAUUUGUGGUCCUGUGGCCCUUCGAAAUAGACCAGGAGACAGAAAUAACAGAAACGCAAAAAGAUUUCUUCGCAUCUACUUCAUCCAUGUAUUCCUUCGAAUAUUAUUCCUGGGUGUCAUGUUAGGGCUGGUCUGCAGUUACCACACACUUUCUUUACCUUCCGUUUUUAAGUGUCAUGAGCAGACCAACAGUCAAACCACGCCAAGUCCUCUUAACCAGACAAAAAUAUCGUUGCAAUGUAAUGAUCAUCGUCACAAGGAGAAAUCAGACCAAACUAUAGCUUUUAUCUCUGCUUGUGCCAUUGUCAUGGUGCUUAGUAUAGGGGAAGUCCUGCACUUGUGCUAUAACAGGAAAAACUUUCUGUACGCGCUCAUUGGAGACACCGGUGAUGACAUGUUACUGCCAGGUAAGUAAAUAUUUAAAAGUUUAACUGCUUGCAAAUUACCAUAGCCAAAACACUGGUGCAGAAAUGUUAUUGAGGGUUACAAUUAUUUAAUGGCUAAACGAAAGAAAGAGAUUUGACGUGAACAUAGAGAAGACAACCCACAAAAAUUUAUAGGGGUGAGGGAGAAGAGGUGGUGUUUGUUUGUCUAUUACACUUCAUAAUUCCAAACAACCUAUUUGGGAGAGAGUCUUAUUGGUACUGUUUGGUUCACAUGGUCAAAUUCGUAAUAUGGGAGGAAAUUUAGAAGCAGUUGCGUUCACUCAUGGAAAUAAAGUGAAGCUUUAUGCGCUCGCCGAACAACUGCAGUGCCGCCAUUUGACCUUUUCACGAACUGCAACGUUAAAAACCCGACUCUGCAUCCUGCUGGACGCGACCACCCAGUCUAAGGCCUGGAAUGAGAAAUGUGGGCUCUAAUCUUUUUGUUGUUAAGAGGGUCACAAGUAUGCACCACAGAACUUAAAUUGUAUCUGUAAUACUCGUUUGACUCUCCCCUUACUUUCCGUAUGCAACAAUCGCCAUCAGUUUGCUCAUUCGUGGGUGACAUCUUUUUGAGAUCUCGUGGGUAUUGGUGGUCACUUAAUUUUGGGACGAAUACGAAUCAACCACUGGGUCGGGUACGAACGACUCAAACUGGGUAUAAAUCGACUGCGUGCGAAACGUACACGAAAAUGACAGCCUAGAGAACGAGUCUUUAAGAUCAUCUAUGUAUGCUUAUAUGAGACCAAAACUAUUCAAAACGUACAUUUCGAGGUUAUCAUGUUUUUGAUCUGACAUGUUAAGACCCGUUGCAUUCAUAUUACGUCUUGAAAUGAUUAAAUUGACAUGUAUUCGUGCUUUAGCUAGUUACAAUAGAUAUUUCACAUUUAUCAGAGACAAAGUUUAAGAGAAGCAUCGUUUUGAACAGGUUUACCUGAGAAACCAACCAUCACAAAUAGAGAAACAGAAGUUGACGAGGACUUCAUUAUUAUGUUGUUGGCUCCUAAAUACAGGAGUAACACUGCUUUUCAUGAGGCGAAUAAUUGUGAAACUUUGUAAAAACAGGUUAAUACUUACGCUGCAGCUCUCAUAUGAGGAAAAAUAAUUAUUUGCCCAAUAUUUUUUCACUAUCGUCAUCUUUGAUUUGCUCGUAAAUUACAUUGAUUAGACUUGUUAUUAAUUUUUAAUGCUAGAAAGAGUUGUUCAUGAAUGUUUUAUUAACCUUUUACCAAUAUAUUAUACCAAUAUGUUUAGUAUAAGUUAGAAUAAGUAUUUCACAGUUUUUAGAGACAAAGUUUAAAAGAAGCAUCAUUUCGAACAGGUUUACCUGAGAAAUCAAUCAUCACAAAUACAGAAACAGAAGUUGACAAGGAUCUCAUUGUUACCUGGUCAGAAGCUGAGGUCAACAGUAGUAAUUGCAGCAUUAAAUACCGUCUGGAAUGUAGGAAACAAUUCAUGACAGGAUCCACAAAAGUCUUUGAAAAAGGAGAUAUUGUUGAAACUCGCUACACGAUAACUGGUCUUGAGUAUGACACCGAGUACGAAGUGAAACUGUUUGCUGUCAACGGACAAAGAGAAAGUGAGGCAGAUGUCAGAACAUUUAAGACAAAGAGUGGUAUGUACCUUUAUUUAAGACUUCUCACUUUACUUUUGGUAGAAUUGUUUGAAAUAAAACAAAAGAAACACUAAUGAAUAAAGGGGUAAGUUUCUAAAGAAACCGUGGUGCUGCGUCGGUGGGAGAGUAUAGCAGGUAAUUUAGUGUUAACAGCUGGGUUGAAAACGUAAAUUAGCCACCGUAACGAGUAAAAAAGAUGACGUUACGAGCGUUAACCCUUCGUCAGAUAAUCGCUCUGACGAAAGGCUAACGCUCGAAACGUCACCUUUUUUACUCUUUACGGUGGCUAAUUUACGUUUUCAACCCAGCUGUUAACACUAAAUUACCUGCUAAAAGAAACACUGUUGGGUUCUAAAUACAGGAGUAACACUGCUUUUAAGGGGGAAGAAUUGUGAAACUUUGUAGAAACAGGUUUAAUACUCAUGCCGCAGCUCUCAUAUGAGAAAAAUUAAUUAUUUUCCCAAAUUUUUUUACUAUCGUCAUCUUUGAUUUGGCCGUAAAUUACAUUGAUAAGACUUGUUACUAAUUUUUAAAACUAAAAAGAGUUGUUCAUCAAUGUUUUAUUAACCUUUCUUAUUAUACCAAUAUGUUUAGUUUUAAUUAGAAUAAGUAUUUCACAGCUUUUAGAGACAAAGUUUAAAAGAAGCAUCAUUUUGAACAGGUUUACCUGUGAAACCAACCAUCACAAAUACAGAAACAGAAGUUGACAAGGAUCUCAUUGUUACCUGGUCAGAAGCAGAGGUCAACAGCAGUAAUUACAGCAUUAAAUACCGUCUGGAAUGGAGUAAACAACCCAUGACAACAUCCACAGAAAACUUUCAACGAGGGAAUAUUGUUGAAACUCGCUACACGAUUACUGGUCUUGAGUAUGACACAGAGUACGAAGUCAAACUGUUCGCUGUCAACGAACAAGGAGACAGUGAGCCAGAUGUCAGAACAUUUAAGACAAAGAGUGGUAGGUACCUUUAUUUAAGACUUCUCACUUUACUUUUGAUAGAAUCGUUUGAAAUGAAAUAAACGUACCAAGAAAAGUGGCUCAACAUUUUUAACAAUAGGCUUUGUUAUACAAGAGAAAAAUGAUCCUAAAGGGCCAUUUUUGAACAAUGGCGCAACAGCUUAAGAACACAUGAGGGAUUUGGACAUGGUUUGAUGCUACUCUGGCUUACAGAUUUAAUGAAUGUAACCGAAGAAGUUACAAUUCAUAGACCCAACGUCUCGACACUCCUGUCUAGUGCCUUCAUCAGGGGUGAUCUACACGCUGCAACAAGACGUCCUUUUAUAUGAUCACUAAUUAGCUGCCUUUCUUCUGACGAGGUGUAAAUAGGCGUCAGGAAGUAAGCCGCCAUCGUCACGAUUUAAAGGAGCGUGGGCGGAGUUAAUAUGCUAAGCUUCCAAACAAAGGCGCUGGUGGUAAGGUCAAUUAGUGGUGAUCAUUAGUGAAGAUUAGUGACUCUACAUACAAAAUUUUCUACAGUAGUGACGGCUUAUGUCCACGUUUUUAUGGCUUACCUGAAAUUCAUAAAGCGGGAAUUCCUUUGAGACCCAUUGAUUGCCUGAGAAACCAACCAUCACCAUUGAUUCGCCGUCAUUCCUAAUGAAGGCACAAGACAGGAGUGUCGAAACUUUGGGUCUAUGAAUUGUAACUUCUUCGGUUACAUUCAUAAAAUCUGUAAACCAGAGUAGCAUCAAACCAUGUCUGAUUGUCCACCUGGUUGCAUUGUGAACUUUUAUAUAUUACAUGAGGGAUUUGUCGAAGUUUCCGAUUAUCAUACCAGCGGGAAAUUUAAACGCUUCGAAAGACUGAAGGAAAGACAAAUUCUCUCAGGGGAGGGUGAUACUGGUAAGAUUUGUUCGGUGCAAAUGACGAUGGUGCAGGGGACGAGUAGGGGCGACGGUUGCAUAAAGGUGAACAAUAUUAAAGCAUAGAAGGCGGUUGCUUACAACUAUGAUAUCGCCACUGUUUGCUUUUAUCUUGCUUUAAACUGGCCAAAGAUAUAUCUAACUAUUUAUCCAGAGACGCACUACACUAGGCACUAACGAUAAGAGCAUGCAUUCAGCCAAGGAAGCGAGGCGUUCGCCAUGCAGUCAGAAACUAAGUGCUGUCCCUCUCUAUUCUGUCCGAUCAUGAUUUGCCAAACAUACAGCGAAAAGAACAUUUGAGGGGAGAGAAUAGCAGCGAGAAAGUUGGAGGGGGAAACAUUCACUUUCUCGCUCGACGAACUAUCGAAUCACGACUUCGCUGCUCUCAGAUUUAUCUUUCAUAGUAUAAGAGCAGUUCAAAUCUCGUGCGCGCUACGCAAGUCAGACUUGAUUCUUUGUGUGCAUAAUAAGUAAUGGUAAUAGGACUGAGUGGAGUCCAAUUUGGUCUGUAACCAUACGAGUAAUAACAAAAUCGGACGACCGCGCAGCGGAAGUCCGAUUUGUUUAUCGCGAGUAUGAUAGGCAAACUGUCCGAUAAAAAAAUUUGCGAUUUGGCAAAAAAAGUACGCAGAGAGAGGUUAAAAAUACAUCAGCAACGUCAAAAGUGCGCGAAUCUUUGAAAAUCGCAAAAAGUUUAAUUUUGAAACUCCCGCGGAAAUAGGAAACCAUUAGGUACGAGCAGUCAUUCGUGCGACAAGAACACUGGAGAGCGGAACUGCGUCCGACCACCAUUGGUUUUUACUUUUUUCGGUCGACGGACGAUUGAAUUGCGAAUCCGCAGCUCUCAGGUUAUUUAUUUACCAAAGAUAAGAAGCAUUCAAAUAUCGUGCGUGCUAAAAAAUUCUUAAUGUGUGUCUUGAGGUAAAUGAGUUAGAAUAGGAUACAUGUGGUUAUUUUACAUUUCCUGAGGAAAAGACUGUGGGCAAAACCUCCCACUUCAUCGCAGGCGAGCCUCCGGUUUUCUGCAGCAUUUUAGACGAAACCUCGUGACAAAGCAAGCAGAAAGGCGUUGUUUGGUUUUCAUUUAUUAGUUCGUAGUCUCGCUCUAUCCCGAAAAAGCCUUGCUCAGAGUACGGCUCCAAUAUGAAUAUUUAUCUCUCGAGCAAUUUAUUUUACGAUAGAGUUUCGCUGUCAGACACCGCUCAAGCCGAACAAACAGAGUAGGUUCAACUGAAUUCAUGAUCUAAAUGGCUUUUAAUCAGUAAGCUUGAAUCAUACACUAAAACCUUUUUGCAUCGUCCAAGUAAUUUCUUUGGCAACGGUAUCGUACUCAUUCGCAUAUUUAAAUUCAGUGCCGAAUACCAGAGAGGGACCACAAUUUUCAACGCCGCAUUCAUUAGAUUUCUUACUUCUUUUGCUACUGCUAGGUGUUUUUGAUCCAACUGAGCUUAUCGAUGGAAUUCGCCAGCUGUACAAGACUCGCGAGGGAUGGCUCUCACCAUUUCCAUGGUGUGAAGAGUUUCAGUUUUUUCUUGGCAAAAUUUUUACAAGGCUCAAAGUGGUCAGAAGAAAGAAAACGAGAGGAGAAAUCACUGACGUAUUUGUUGACAUGUCGUCAAUACUAGACCCGUAUGAAGAGUGUUCAGCGCCGAGAACAGUGUUGAUUGAAGGAGAACCUGGUAUGGGAAAAACCACCUAUUGUAAAAAGUACGCCUACGACUGGGCCACAAAACAGCAAGAACCUCAGGGCUGCGGCUCAACAGCAUUUAAAGUGGUAUUGUUACUGAAAUGUCGAGAUAUCCAUUCUGACGUUCGGGAAGCUAUUGAUGAUCAGCUUCUGCCCCGAGACAUCGAUGAAGAAGUCAAACAACAAUUCUUUCAUUUUAUUCGUGAAAAUCAGUCCAGCAUUUUAUUGAUAUUGGAUGGAUUCGAUGAGUUACCGUCCAGUAAAUUGUCGAUGUUUUCCGAAUUAAUUGAAGGAAGAGUGCUCCCCAAAUGCCACAUAGUUGCAACAGCAAGACACGAAGCUGGAAAAGAGGUGAGAAAAUGUUGUGACGCGCUGCUUCAGAUCGAAGGAUUUACUGAAGAGCAUGUGAAAGGAUUUGUCACCAAGUACUUUAAAGAAAGGACGGAUUUAGCCACCAAGCUCUCGCAACGGAUGUCGCGAGAUAAAAACCUGAGAGAACUAGCGGCCAAUCCUCUAAACACAGCACUUCUUUGCCUUUUAUGCGAAGAGUUUGAGGGCACACUCCCCGAAAGCAGAGCUCAACUGUACUUGGAUAUGGUUGAAUGUGUUUUGAGAAGAUAUAGAAAAAGGAAGGGACUACUAGAAAAGAUCGGAGACUUGACAAACCAUUACAAACCGCAAUUGAAUCACCUUGGAAAGGUAGCGUUUUAUGGUUUACUUGACGAUAAGUUGGAUUUUAAUGAAAGUGAAUUGAGAAACCAUGCAAAAGACCUGACUGAAUUUGGAUUUCUGUCAGUGCAGCCUGGUGGCAGCAAACUGAGACAAACACUGCAUUAUGCCUUCUUACAUAAAAGUUUUCAAGAAUUCUUUGCAGCAUUCUUCAUUUGUUCUCAGAUUCAAAGCAAGGAAAUGAAACCUGAAGAACUAGUUUCCGCAAGGUAUUUCAUUGAACUUAAACAAAUACUUUUGUUUUCGUGUGGAAUUUUGGCCAUGAAAUGCGAUGAACAGGUUGUGGCUCUUGUAAAGAGUUUAACAAAUGAAGUCAACAAAAAUGAAGGCCGUGGUGCAAAAAUUGUAUUGGAGGCCAUCAACGAAUGCAAAAGAGAAAAAAGUGAUUUUCACUCGCAUUUAUCGAAGUCGUUUGGAACUGGUUUGAAUCUGACCAAUUUGUAUUUGCAAGGUAAUCGUAUUAGGGAUGCGGGUGCUACAUGUAUUGCUGAGGCAAUCAAAGUGAACAAGACGCUAACCAAUUUGUAUUUGCGAAACAAUGGUAUUAGUGAUGCGGGUGCUACAUGUAUUGCUGAGGCAAUCAAAGUGAACAACGCGAUAACCAAUUUGGAUUUGCAAAGUAAUGAUAUUAGUGCUGCGGGUGCUACAUGUAUUGCUGAGGCAAUCAAAGUGAACAAGACGCUAACCAAUUUGAAUUUGUCUUACAAUGGUAUUAGUGAUGCGGGUGCUACAUGUAUUGCUGAGGCAAUCAAAGUGAACAAGACGCUAACCAAUUUGUAUUUGUCUGCGAAUCGUAUUAGUGCUGCGGGUGCUACAUGUAUUGCUGAGGCAAUCAAAGUGAACAAGACGCUAACCAAUUUGGAUUUGUCU